CAGUUUCUGCCAUUUAGAAAGUAAAUAUUAUGUCAAUUCACUGCGGUUCGAUGGAUUCACCGACUGCUCCCUAAUAUAUAAAGAAAUUAGCAAAACUUCUUUAUUGUAACAGCGGACGGGUUGACAGCCUAUUAUUAUACUUAUUUUGUUUCUUUACAAUUUCAUGAAGUUACAUUUUAAUAAUGUUGAAAAUUAGCUUAAUGUCAAGAAGAGUUUUAUCAUCUUUGGGAGGAACAUCGAACAGCUCAAGAUGGUUCAGCGUGCAAAGCAUAAGGCAUUCAAAACCGCGUACUGCUAUUGUUAUGCUCAACAUGGGUGGCCCACAAAAUACUGACCAGGUCCACGAUUAUCUACACAGAAUAAUGACCGAUAGAGAUAUGAUUCAGUUACCUGUGCAAAGCAAACUAGGUCCUUGGAUCGCUAAACGACGUACACCAGAGGUUCAGAAAAAAUACUCAGAGAUUGGCGGCGGCUCACCUAUAUUGAAGUGGACCAAUACUCAGGGUGAACUACUGGUCGAACAGCUGGACAAAGCCUCGCCAGAAACGGCUCCGCACAAACAUUACGUGGCCUUCCGCUACGUUAACCCUCUCACUGAAGAUACUAUGAAAGAAGUGGAACAAGAUCAACCCGAGCGGGUGGUUUUGUUCUCCCAAUAUCCUCAGUAUAGCUGCGCAACGUCCGGUUCCAGCUUCAAUGCGAUUUUUUCGCAUUACAAGGAUAAAUCAAAUGGAUUGAGCGGGGCUAAAUGGAGCGUCAUUGAUCGGUGGGGCUCACAUCCGCUACUUGCGAAAACAUUUGCCGAUAACAUCCGGAAAGAGCUUAAUAAAUUUCCCGAGGACAAACGAAAGGAUGUAAUCCUACUUUUUUCAGCACAUUCCCUCCCUCUAAAGGCAGUCAAUCGUGGAGAUGCAUAUCCUACGGAAAUCGGCGCUACUGUUCAAAAUGUGAUGCAAGAGUUGCUGUAUUGCAAUCCGUACUGUUUAGUGUGGCAAUCGAAGGUGGGUCCACUUCCUUGGCUGGAACCAUUCACGGAGGACGCGAUCAAGGGUUACGUAAAGCAGGGGAAGAAAAAUUUCAUACUUAUCCCGAUUGCCUUCGUAAACGAGCAUAUUGAAACUUUACACGAACUGGACAUUGAGUACUGCCAGGAGUUAGCCCACGAGGUGGGAGCUGAAAAGAUUGGAAGGGCUGCCGCUCCAAAUGAUCAUCCGCUUUUUAUUGAUGCACUGACGGAUAUCGUAUCUAAUCAUCUGAGAAAUGGACACCGAGUGAAUCCAAAGUUUUUGCUGAGAUGUCCUGCAUGUGUUAAUACAAAGUGCUUAGCAAGCAAACAAUGGUUCCAAGCACUAUGUAGCUAAAAAAGGGUUAGGAAUGUGUUGCAAUAGACAUUGAAAAAUAAAAAUCAUGGUUUUUGGAGAAU